AUCUCGGGUACGAACGUUAUUGAUCGUGAUAUUUGGUAUGAAUUUAGCUUCAGAAAAGGCUCUGGGCUGACUGGAUCAACAUGGCUUUGCCUUCUUUUGCAACUGUACCUCCGUCAGAGACGAGAGCGUCUCUACCACCUGCAGAAUGGCAAGCUUGCAUGGCGUCCUGGAUCAAACUGGUGGAACUUCAUUUGAGACAAAAUGAUUCAGAUUGGAAUAAAAGCAUGGAAGAAGAUCGCACAAAUGUGAUUGGAUUUCUGCGAUCGUACUUUCAAGCACUCGCAAAACCUGUCUCACAGUCAGAGCUGACCACUGGACAAACUGCUGCUCGUCUUCGCCGACUUUGCUUCCUCUUAUUUCACAGGACUAUGAGCAUGAACACACUUUCUGAAGAUCUUUUUACAUUGGAAGUUCUUUCUGGAGUAUGUAUAGUCUUUCCACGAAGUAAAGAGCUUCGUAAACUGCUCACAUAUGCUUGGAAGCGUCGACCCCAAGGCGUUGAUGGCAUUUUCCAGACUGAAAAGAUUGCUCAGAUCAAGGCUCUAGAUGCUGGGCAGCUAUCUAAUGUGCAAUCAAUGUUCACGCGUGCAAUACCCGUGCUCUACCAGGUACCCGAUGUGGCGGCGUUCCUCAUGACUGGAUCAGACCUUCUGGAUUCAAUAGCCGCUGCGUAUCGCGAGGCAGACGACAACUUCCGUAGGAUUGCCAUCAUUUAUGUUUAUUUUGGAUUCCUUGGGCUCUUAGCAUCGAGUGAGCCAAACAUAACUGCACUUUCGGAUCAUUUAUACAGUCUGAAAUCAUCUGCCCAUCCCGGCCAAGCUUCACUCCUUUCCGAUGUGGUCUCAAAUACACCUCUCAUCCAUAAAAUUCGACAGAUUGUGCUCCCACAGGAUCCUGCACGAGCCCAAAAGCUGGAAAAUGUCAUAAGAAGCCACCGCCAAGCACCAAAUGCACUUCUGAAGCGUGGCCUUCGCAAAAAGAUUGAGAAAGGGAAAGGCCACUCAGUCGGGAAUCUCGACCAUGGAAUGGCUAGUGGUGCACAUGUACAUCGUAUGAGCUUGAUCACGCAGGUACAGGAACUCUUUCCUGAGCUUGGCUCCGGAUUCAUUGUCAAGCUGCUUGAUGAAUAUGAUGACAAUGUUGAGCAAGUCACGAUGCAUCUGCUUGACGAGUCGUUGCCGGCACAUUUAAGCGGACUUGACAGGACGAUGGAAUUACAAGGCAAAUUCAAAUCAGACAGCAUUGAAUUAGCCACUCAACUAGUACCUAGGCCAACCCCACCACCAGAGCGUCGCAAUAUCUAUGACAACGAUGAACUUGAUCAGCUCGCUGUAGACACAUCCCGAAUUCAUUUUGGUCGUUCGAAAAACGACCAUACCGCAGAUACUGUUCUCGCGGACGGUUCAUCAAAGUCAAAUAAAGCGGCUAUAUUAUCAGCUCUUGCGGCAUUCGAUUCUGAUGAUGAUGAACGCGAUGAUACUUAUGAUAUCGAAGAUGUAGGUGGCACUGUGGAUACUUCGAUGAGCAAUGAGGAGGCAAAUGUGGACAAAAAUGAAGAGGUUCUGUUUGCCGCAUACAGGACAAGCCCGGAAACUUUCAACAGAGACGCUGCGACGCGACGUGGAAAGGCCAGAAUGGCGCUCAAAGCUGAGACUGGCCUGACAGACGAAGCUAUCGAAGGCUGGGCCAUCAUACUAGCCCGCCAACCUAGGAAACUUAGAAUGCUGGAGGCGAGGUAUUCCACGUUCACGGGACAACAAGACACUAUUGAACGUACCGCUUGGCGUGACAGCGGUGGGGGAGAAGAGGAAGAGUCAAGUGGAGGAGAACGUGGUCGAGGCAGAGGGAGGGACAGAGGAGGUAGAGGAGGUAGAGGAGGUAAAGGAGGUAGAGGAGGUAGAGGCGGUAGAGGUGGAAAUGUAUCUGGUCCGUCAAACGAUGCCAGCACCCAGCAAGCCAGACAGAGAAAGGAGGCGAAUAAAGGGAGCAGGGCGAAUCAUAAUAGGAGAGAUCAGCGAGCCAGAAAGAUGGCGAGGGGCGGACUCGCGGGCUAAAAGAACAGCGUAUCUCAAGUGUACAUGAUCUAGAAAACAGUGCACGUUGAGGUUACUCAUUCAAACACUUAAUGUUCGAGGCUGGACUGAAACUUGAUUUCUUCCUCAACGUUGCUUUGUACAAAUUGCAGCUUUUACACCCUGUUUCGUUUGCAACUUUCUCAGCUCUGAAAAUAU